GCGUCCCUCCUCACACUUUAUUCAUACAUUGCCAGAAACGGAGCCUGCUGCAGACUGUUUAUCAGACCUCUCCACAGAGCUUCGCAUUUUUCCAACGAAAAAUAAGGAGAACUACAACCCUCUGUCCUUUAUACAUCCACUGAGAGAAAAUAAUUGUUGCGGAUAACGGAAAUAAAUCCUCCUGCGACACCAGCCAGAGGAUAACGAUUAGCUUAGUCGCUCAGAGGGGGUCAGAAUUUGCGUUUUAUUACUAAAAAGCAGUAUGAAAACUAAAUUUAUCAACGGAGUAUCUUCUUCCCCCUCCUUGUCUCUGGGUCUGCUGGUGACCGAAAACGCCCUGCAGGUUCAGGGCGACACCGAGGGGGACUGCAAGGCGCUGGUUCAGCUCGAGCUGCCCGACUUGGAGACCCGCCGCAAGGCUUAUCUGUGGUGCCGGGAGUUCCUCCAUGGAGCCUGGAAGAGCCUGGCCGAGGAACACUUCCACAUCACCAUCAUACGGGGUGGUCUGAGCAACAAGCUCUUCCUGUGCAGCCUCCCCGACAGCCAGCUCUCUGUCGGGGACGAGCCGCGGAGCGUCCUGCUGCGCCUCUAUGGGGCCAUCCUGCAGGCUUCCCAAAGGAGCGUGCCUUGGGCACUCUUGUUCCCAAUGUGAACCCACCAAAAAACACGAUGUCCUGUAAUAAAGGGGAUUCCCGACAGUCAAACAAAGAAAAUCUCUUCCAAGUAAGUACCUGUUGAUGGUGCCACCAUACACUGCUCCUCCGACCAGAGUGUUUGCCAUCCUGUCACCACACUACUCACCUGCCCAUGUUCCCCUGAUGAUGUGUGAAAAUGUUCCUCUUUCCUUCCCUAAGUUUUUUUUUUUCACUCACGUGAACCUCUUUGUUGGCUGGGCUUAGGGCAGCAGUGGUUUAGGUUGGAUUUGACGCGAGAAGCAUAUCCUUUACUUCAGUAAAAGUAGAAAUACUUUGGUCCAAAAAUACUCCAUUUAAGUCAUGAAUUCAAAAUGUUAGUUCAGGAGGAGUAUAGAAUAAUAAUGUACUUAAAGUAUCAAAAGUAUUAUGCACAAUGGCUCUUUUCAAAGUAUUAUAUCAUACAAUAAUAUUAUAUUAUUCAGUUUGUAUUGCUUACAAAUACAUGUAAGAACAUGUAAUGUUGUAUUUGGUCAAUGUUAAGACAAUUGCAGGUACUUUACAGUACAGUACCGGUAUCACAUCAAAAAUGUUAUGUUUUAUAUGUAAGAAAUAGCUAGUAACUAUGAGUGUUAAAUAAAUGUAGUACAAAGUACAAUAUUUGACUUCAAUAUGUAGUGAGGUGUGAGAAAAAAAGUACAGUACUUGGGUAAAUGUCCUAUAUAGUAUCUAUAAUAGUUACAUUCCACCACUGCUGAGAAGGUUGAGCCUUUGUAUCCAUGAGAGGUUUGGAACUUUAAACACGCUAGUAACUGAUUUCCUUCCGUUUUUUUUGUUAUAUUUGUUGCAAUUCUUUUUACAUCCUGGCAACAUCAAUAAACCUGUAUUUGUACUACAAUGGAUUGAAUGAAAAUGAUUGGAUGGCCAACCUAGCAACUCUUAGAGCUAAUGCUGCUAGUAACUUUUAAUGGGAAAGAGUUAGCAAAUCUAACUUCCUCUUGCUUCCUCUCUAGUGUUACCUGCCAAAAAUUUAAUAGGAGACGCUCCAGGUGAAUAGUGGACACAUUUUAACUACUAGAUAUCA